GAAAGCAGGGUGUUCCAGUGUUUAUACAGUUGAGCGUGUUAGAAGGAAAGUUUUUCACUGCGAAAGAAACAUGGUGAAAGCUAAGGUCUGGACACUUCGGAAGCAUUUUGUUGGUUUUCCAAAGGAAAGUGAUUUUGAGCUUAAAGAGGAGACACUACCUGAGCUGCAAAAUGGAGAGGUUCUCUUGGAGGCCGUCUUUCUCAGCCUUGAUCCAUAUAUGAGAGGUGUGAGUUCAACCUUAAUGAAAGAAGGUGAUGUUCAGAUCGGAGCUCAAGUUGCAAAGGUAUUGCAAAGCAAAAACCCAGAAUAUCCUGUGGGCUGUUAUGUGGUUGCCCCAUGUGGAUGGAGGACACACAGCGUGACCAAUGGAAAAGCAAUCUUUAGCCUUCACAUGAGGCGAAUUCCUCAUGAUUGGCCCAAAAAUGUCCCACUUUCCUUAAAUCUUGGGGCACUAGGGAUGCCUGGGUUGACUGCCCUGUAUGGAUUAGAGGAUAUUCUGCAGGUGAAGCCAGGUGAGAUUGUGCUGGUGAGUGCAGCAGCUGGUGCCGUGGGAACCAUGGUGGGUCAGAUUUGUAAGAUUAAAGGCUGUAAAGUGGUGGGUUCUGCUGGGAGUGAGGAAAAAGUGGCCUACCUGAAGGAGUUGGGCUUUGACUGUGUUUUCAACUAUAAGACCGUUAAAUCUCUGGAUGAGGCACUGAUGCAAGCUUCACCUGAAGGUUAUGACUGCUACUUUGAGAAUGUUGGAGGUGCUUUCUUUAAUGCAGCACUUAAUCAAAUGAGGCCUCGAGGACGCAUAGCUGUGUGUGGUGCAAUAUCGCUUUACAAUGCCACCACACCUCAGAUGUGUCCAUUUCCUCACAUGGCCAUGCUGGUCAAGAGCAUUAGGAUGGAAGGAUUCCAAGUCACUCAGUGGCCAGAGAAAGACGAGGCAUCUGUCAGAAGACUGCUUACAUGGCUCAAGGAGGGGAAAAUUAAGGCCAAGGAACAUGUCACAGUGGGCUUUGAGAAGAUGCCUGCUGCCUUCAUCCAGAUGCUGAAAGGGACAGAACUGGGAAAAGCUGUUGUGAAAGUGGAAUGACUUCGCUUUUUGUAAUGCCACAUAUGUAAAAAAAAAAAUAAAUAAAUAGAA